AUGGCGCCGGCAGAAGGGUUCUCGGCGCCGGGCGUCGCUACCUACGACUCCAACACCAUGACGGUCGGCGACGGAACCUGGGACUUUGAGAAGAACACCUUCUUGCUGCCCAACCUCCAAGGUCUCAAUUUCGAGACCAUGCAAUACAAUGGUAUGGGCAAUCGCUUCUCGACAGUCGCUCAGUACCACACCCUCAUUCUCGCUCAUGGUGUCAUGGGAGCCAUCGUCUUCCUUGUCAUUGUCCCAUUCUCCGUCUUGACGGUUCGAUUCUACACGAGAAAGCCCGGUUACGCUGUACCCUACCACGCCCAGCUACAGAUCCUGGGAGCGCUCUUGCUCGUCGCCGUAUUUACCUUGGGCUGGUUCGCCGUCGGCCCCGAACGAAGCUGGACGAACCCACACCACGCCAUCGGCCUGGCAAUCUUCAUUAUGUUUCUCCUGCAGAUCAUCGGCGGCCGGCUCGUGAGGAACAUCAGGGGACGCUCGCUCAGAAAGAUGUUUCAUCGAUGGAGCGGACGGCUCAUCGCACUUCUUGGUCUCAUUCAGGUGCCUCUUGGAUUGACGCUCUACGGCUCCCCAAAGUACACAUUCAUCCUCUACUCCCUAUGGGUUGCCUUCUUGCUCUUGCUCUAUUUCAUCCUCAGUUACCGCGCCGAGGGCGAUGACCGUGGCCGGGAGACGUACAUCAGUGGAGGACGGUCCGAGGGACCGAGCGGCGUGUCUUACGACUCAGAGUACUACAGUGAUGUCCACACAGAGAAGACCAAGAGCAACAGAUGGGUGGCGCCUCUCGCAGCUGGUGCCACCCUGGCCGCCUUGUUCGGUCGCAAGAAGCACAAGGAGAAGGAGAAGGAGCUCAGCCGGGAGAGAUCGCGAUCGCGAAGCCGCAGUCGUGGACCAGAGGUCAUCGGUUCCAGACGGGGCUCGCAGAGCUACCUCCCCUCACGCAGAGAUUCCGCAAGCUACUUUGAGAGCGAAAAGUACACCGACAUCGAUUCACGCCGGGAUGACAAGAAGAAGGAAGGAGGCGGCUUCAUGAAGACGUUGUUCGGUGUCGGUGCUGGUAUUGGCGCAGGAAAGCUUCUGUCCGGCCUGAUGAAGAAGAAGGAGAAGAGCCGACCGCACGACGAGGAAUACUCUGCCGUCUCGACUGAGACUCCUCAACGCCGCCGCCCGAGUCGAAGCUACCCCGCCCAGAGUGAGUUCACCGACUACACGGACUGGACCGAAGACACCCCGCCGCCCGCACGAAGACCCCGCGAGGGUUCCAUCCUGCCGCCCCCUGGAAACCCCGUCAUGGCCGCUCAAGCUCUCAGCGCCGCCGAGUCUCGCACGAACCGGCCCCCUCACGCCAGGACCAGGUCCCAGUACAGCUUCGAAGAUUCCGAGUACUCAUCGUAUGUGAGCCCGUCUAGACGUAGGGAUGAGCCGCCGCCCUCAGGCGGGGCCGGCAAGGGCAUCUUGGCUGGUCUGGGCUUGGGAUGGUUCGCCAAGAAGAUGGCCGACCGCAAGAACAAGAAGGCCGAAGAGCAGAGAAUCAGGGACGAGGAAGAGAUGAGGUCAGGCGUUUCGGGCUCAAGAUACACGGGCGACGGCAUGUCCUCCCCGUCCCGCGACAGACGCUCCUCUCGCCGCGCCAGUGGUGGACGCCGCCCGAGACCUCCCAUGUCCGCCAUCAGUACAGAGAUCACCGAAUUGACCGAAUCCUCCGAGCUUGAGCCCCGUCCUUCCGGAACCGGCUACGGAGGGGGCCCCCCGAUGCCGCCGUACUCUGCCCGCCCCCCGAGAACGCCUCCCGGUGCAGGUGCCGGCUACCCCGACUCCGUCAGCAUGCCUGCGAUGCCGCCAGACCCGCAGGGCAUCCUCAGCCGCGAGUCCGAGAAUGAUGUGUACGGAUCUCCCAGUGGUCGACCGCAGCGCCGCGAUUCUGCCAAACGCAGGAGGGCUGGCGAUGAGGCAGCAGCGGCCGCCGUCGCCUCGGCGAGUGCCCUCGCAGCCAAGGAGGAGCAGCGUCGUCGCGCAGAGUCUGAGCGCUUCGGCCAAUCCACUUUGGCACCCGUCAGCGUCAAGGUCAAGGUCCACGACGAUAAAGACCGCAACGUCACGCUGCGCAGGCUGACCGAGGAAGAAGCCGCCGCAUCCAAGCGCGACCACCGAAGACGGCGCGGCACCUCGGUGAGCAGUCUCUCCGGCACCGACGUCGGCAGCGGACGCCGCUACCGCCGUGACUCGAGCCAAAGGAGAGCAGAGGCCGCAGCCGAGCAGAUGGCCGAGGCAGGCGACGCCCUCCCGCCCCCCAACCCUGCUUUCGCGGCGGGCCGGAAGCCCAAGGACUCGGCUUACUACUCUGGACCGACCGGCGGCGCAAACCCCUCUGUCUCUAGCAUCGGCAGCGAGCACACGCACGGCACCUGGAGCCAGAUGAGCCCCUCACCCGCCGUACCGCCGGCCGGCCUGAACCCCACGGGAUCCGCCGCGGAGCACAACCGGAGGAGGAGAAGACAGGAGCGAAGACGGAGCAGCGCGAGCCGCCCGCCGGCGGGAGGAGUGGACAUGUACGACUAG